UCUUGUUUACCUUCAGACAAACAGCCGGGUGACAGUGAUAAUACGGCCGACAUGUAAGAGCUGGAUAACUAUUCCUGUGUGAACGACACCCAUCUGCAGCUGAUCACAAUAACAUGAAAAAGGAUGAGCCUCUCCGGUCAGUAGACCCAUUCUGAUUGGAGACAUGUACUAAAGACGACACCUCAGCCGCCAUGAAAGGGUUAGGAGCCAACCGCAGCCGUCACCUGUCCGACUCGUGUGAACCACCGGGCUGCACUCAGAAGCCCCUCUGCCCCCUGACUUCUGACCCUCACAGCUCCUUCCUGCUGAGCCCCACCAUCAACCACUAUGGCACCCUGGACCCCCAUCUCCACCAGUGCCCACCCACCAGCCCCACCUCACUGACCCCAGACUGUCUGCUGCCUUUCAGCCAGAUCUCCAGCAGCAGCACCUUCCCUCGGCUGCAUUUCACCUCCCAGGGUGAACAGGGGGACUGCUCACAGGCAUGCAUUGCAGGCGGUGGCGGAGUCGGGCAGGGUGGCAGGGCAGGCACACUCUCCACUUCCCUGUCUAUGGGAAUGGGGCUGGGGCUAGGGCUCACUCCUAUGAUCACCAGUGGAUCGGCCACCAUCUCCUCUGCAGCAGCCGCCAAGAUGAACCGGCUACCCUCCAACCUUUUGGAUCAGCUGGAGAGGCACCUCCCCCUGCAGCGAGACGGCUUCAGCACACUGCAGUUUCACAGGGGCCGCAUUUCAAAGCAGCGCAGUGAGAGCCCGGGGCGGAUCCGCCACCUGAUGCACUCUGUUCAGAAGCUAUUUGCAAAGUCACAGUCACUGGAAAACUCUGCAAUCAAAGGCAGCUUAAAUGGGCGCUCUGGGGGAGGAGCAAACACAGGAGCAGGCGAGGAUGGAGGCAGGCCAUCACGCAGGAGCAAGAGUAAAGAUAGGGCUAAAACUGAGGGGCCGAAGCAGAGACCCAGGCCCAAUGCACUAGGCCUCUGGGGCUCAGACGACGCUCUGGACACUGACACCACCAAAGCUGGCACCAUUGCUGUAGGUUACCGCAACCCGCUGAGCAUGAUGACUCUGGGCAGAGCGGUGUCGGACAGCCAGGCCAGACACAUCCCACAGGGCUACAACACCAUUGCUGCACACACGCUCAAGACCUCCAAAAGCAGCAGUGACCUCAAGUUUCUGGCGUGCCCAGCGACGCAGGUAGGAUGCAAAGAAGAAGAGGGAAGAAGAGGAGUUAGCAAGGAUGACACGCUGGUGAAGAGGGGCUCCUGGUCCACUCUCACCCUCAGCCAGGCUAGGCAAGUGUUGCAGAAGGGCUCAGCUACAGUCAACAGGACGCUGCUUAAAUCAAAGUCAUGCCACCAAGAUUUGGCUCAACAGUUUCUACAGGUCCCAGGGGAAUGGACAGGAACUCUGGGUCGUGGCCGGGCCAGAGGAACAGAGAUCCCCUGUAGAAGGAUGCGCAGCGGCAGCUAUGUGAAGGCUAUGGGUGACUUAGAAGACAGCGAGGACUCAGAGGGAAGCCCCAAGCCUUCUCCUAAGUCUGCUGCCCGCCGCCACAGCUACCUGAAGGCCACCCAGCACUCCCUCAGUGAGCAGCAGCCACCUCCACCUCCCCGCAAGCCUCGUUGCUACGCUCUCAUGCGGGAGGAUUAUCUGUGGUCUCCACUGCAGAGUGCAUGCUCUAUGCAGCAUCUGAGCUCCCUGCCAUCCCUGAAAGAGCUGUCGACCAACCGGAGCCUUGAUAACUUAGACUGUCUGGUGAGCCCGCUGGAGGCCCCGCCCCGCCACAGGAACAAUGAUUACAGCCAAUGCUCCAGCACACUGGGCAGAGUCCCAUCCCAGCGUGUGAGUCUGCACACGUUCUUUCAGGUAUGCGGGCAAGGCUUUGGGCACUCAGUACCGUACUGUGAAGGGGAAUCGCAGGCAGUGGAGGCUCUGGAUCUGCCUGCACCUACGUGCUUCCGGUCACGCAGCCACAGCUACCUGCGGGCCAUCCAGGCAGGCUGCUCCCAGGAUGAAGACACAGCCUCUGUGGACUCAGACUCACCACCCCCGACCACUGCAGGAUACUGCUCCAAAACACAAGUCAGCAAUAGGAGAGCGCCACCUCCAGUCCCACCCCGCACCACAUCCAAGCCCCUCAUCUCAGUGACGUUACAGAGCAGCACAGAGUCAGCCCAAGACACAUAUCUUGACCAGCAGGACCGUGGCAGCGAGGCCAACAGCCAAUCAGGACGCAGCAACUCCGACGACAGUCUCUGUAGCAUCCGCACGGGCAGUCUGGCUAAGGGGAUCCAGCCUCCACCAGCCCUUGCCCCCACUGCAACCCUUACAACCAGUGCAGCCACUGUACCUCCUGUUCCAGCCCCUCGUGACCUCCAUCCCGCCACCACCACAACCACCACUGUCGCUGCUAGCACUAUUUCCACUUCCACCCAGCUCCAAAAUGACACCCUGAGCAUAGGUGUCACCCUAGAGCAGCCCCCAACUGCACCCAAGAGGAAAUUGUCCUCUAUUGGAGUUCAGGUGGAUUGCCUUUUGCCAGUUUUAAGAGAGGAACCACUACCCCUGACUGCACCCCUCAAGUUUCAGUCGAUUGGAGUCCAGGUGGAAAACGGCAGGCCUCUCAGCCGGGACAGCAGCAUGGCCUCCAGACAAAACACAGAGACUGAGCCUCAGGAGCCCCAGGAUGCCGCACCCACAGAAAACAACACAGCCAACUGCACCAACAGUAAAACAGAGAAUACCAACGCGCCCAGCAGACAGGACAAAGCCAUGGAACAGAAGCCCCUUAAAAACAGCUCGGCCUCAUCCAGGAUACCGACCUCGCCCCCGGAGACUUUGGACCCAGCUUUAGACCCCUCCUCGCUGCCACCGCCAGAUCCCAGCCUGGAGACGGGAAACUGCAGCACCCCCGGAGAUGGCGUUCAGUCCAGCACGCCAGCUUGCCUCAGAGACGGGAACUGGUUUCUGAAGCUGCUGCAGGCGGAAACAGGCCGCAUGGAGGGCUGGUGUCAACAGAUGGAGCAGGAGACCAAAGACAACAAGCUUUCAGAGGAGGUGUUGGGGACGAUCCGCAGUGCAGUUGGCAGCGCUCAGCUCCUGAUAUCUCAGAAGUUUGAGCAGUUCAGAGGGCUCUGUAAUGAGAACUUGAACGCAAACGCCAACCCACGACCAACAGCACAGGAUCUGGCCGGGUUCUGGGACCUGCUGCAGCUUUCGAUAGAAGACAUCAGCAUGAAGUUCGAUGAGCUCUACCAGCUAAAAGCCAACAACUGGCAGCUUCCUGAGAAACCAGAGAAAAAGGAUGAAAACAAGCAGCUUCCAUCAUCGGUGCCAAAGAAGCAGUCUAAACCCAAGCUGUCAGCAGGGAAAGACAGGAGCGUGGACUCAGCCGUGGACAAGCAGCGGCAAGAAGCCAGGAAACGGCUGAUGGCAGCGAAGCGCGCAGCAUCAGUACGACAGAACUCCGCCACAGAAAGCGCAGACAGCAUCGAAAUCUACGUUCCCGAGGCCCAGACCCGCCUCUGAGAGUGAACCAGCAACCGAUCAUCGAGCAAAAUUCCUGACUCACUUCAGAUGUUCAUUGACACAAAAAAAACACACAAAUAAAUCUGAGACAAACACACAGAUGUACUACGGAUGCACAGAGGCCUGAUCCCUGAUGACAGGAGGGGAUCACAGGGCACAGAAGAACAAUCCAGAAUAAUGCAGAUCAUCACGCUGCUGCCAUGGGACUGAAAUAAUCUUGACAGAUGUUUAAUACUAUUGUUAUUGUUAUUAUUGACGUUAUAAUAAUUAUUAUCUCCUAAAGUAUAUCAGGACUGUCUUAAAUGUGCAAGUAUCUUGGAAUAAGGACAUCCUGUACCUUGUGAGCUGAAGAAAUCUUGGUAUCCCAGAAGUUUACUCUCUUAAAAAAACUCCCUUCACUGCUGAGUCUACCGGCAAGUCGUGGCUGCCUGGUUUACGAGCUGAGCUACCAUCCACACACACUCAGGACACACACAUGCAGGUGUACUCACUGUCCACAGAGUCUUCCUGUUCUCUAUUUGUAUUAGGCUGCCACUCGUCGGGUGUGGUGUGUACGCUUUACUGUGUAAGAAUUCUAAGGUGAUGUUAAUGUACUCAGAGGUUUAAAAAUGCAGAGAACCAGAGGAAGGCAGUAGCAUAUAUAUUCUAAAAUAUCACACUAUUACAAUGUUCAUUUUGUAAAUGUUGUAUACCAGAUUAUUUGUUAGAAAGAGGUCAGUGUUCAGUACCAAGGUAGUUUUUUAUAGAUCAAGUACAUGUACUGUCAUGAUAUAUUAGCACUUGAUGCAAUCAUUUCACUCCGCCUCUCUCUUUCCUCUCCUUUCUCACAAACACACACUACACAGUCUGUGUCUGUGAAUAUUUCCCAUUGUUAAAGUCUUACAUUUGUUUGUUUUCGUGAAGGGAUGCGAGGUAAUGACUGCCCAGCCAGUGAGCUACAGAGGAAUGUAUGAAAUGUUAUGCAUUAACAGCUCAUGUCGACUUGAUCACUGCACUUUUCCACUCACCUCAGAUCAAGUUUGCCCGCCCUUUAUUUUGUUCACCUAAUCAUUCUGACUUUCACUGCAUCCCUCGCGUGAUGCAGGGGACCAAGACAUUCACCACUUGAUAUGGCAUUCCCAUUCAACCAGACUAUUUGUGAGCGGGUGGGGGUUUGCUUGCUUCUGGAACGGAGAAAUCAUGGCAUAGCAGAGCAAUAAUGAAGUGCAAGCAAUGCAGUAGGUACCCAGUCUUAAAUAAUGAAACCCAACAUUUCCAGUAGGAUUUUUCCUUUUUUAGAUGAAUGUUUUCUUUAUGAACUGACAAAAAUCUCAGGUUGAACGUUCUAAACUGAACAGUAAAAACCACUAUGGAUGGAUUAUUUAUUAUACAACAAAUGAAUUAGCCAAAUUCUCAGAGACAUUGCCAGAUAUUUCAAUUCCAGACCAACUCAGUGUUCUAAAAUUAGACAAACUUUUGGCAAGGUUUGGUGCAGUGUCGACCAGGCUUAAUGUUCCUGCUAUCAUCAGCUGUUCUCUUCACUCCCCCUUCUAGCAGCUUGAACUCCCACCUCUGUUUGUAGAGAGUGAAAAACUGUGGUACACUUUUUUUUUUUGGUUGUUUUGUUUUUCAUCCAAAAUGAGGUCAGCCUAAACACGUGUCGACUUCUGUAAUUAUAAUUAUAAAUGGUGCUGGGACUUCAUUUUGUGCCAAGAUGGCAGCGAUCAUCAACAUUUCAGUGUCAUUAAUACAAGCUUUAUUUAAAGUGAACUUUUAUUUAAUCUGCUCAUGAUUUCUGUGUGCAUUCUCAGUAGAGUUAUGUUUUUGCAUCAGCCCUCUCCUCAUCUGUUAUGCCCUGAAGCUCAUGACACUCUGAUGAAAGCACUGGUGUCUUCUGCCACACUUAGGGUACAUGAGUGAAACUGGACAUAGCUGUGCACAAAUGUAGGUUCACUCACUUGUUUCCUUUGUAAGAGCUGGCUCUCCCCCUACUGGUCAGUCCUUGUAUGACACUCCAAACAUCUUUUUCUGCUCCAUUUUGAAUCUUUGGUUAACAUCGAACAAAAAAGAAGUUGAACUGGGAAUGCUGACACAACACCGAGUUGUUGAUUUUCUUAUUCUCUUAUUUGUAUGACAUCAACAAUGGACAUGUGCAUUUCAUUGUCCAAAGAAAUCAUUAAACAUCCCUUUGCUACAUGUCCUGGUCAUCAUUCUUGCUCUUUUUAUCGCACUCAUCCAUAAAACAAAAGUAAUAUUAGCUUUUGAGUUAAUAUUACACAGAAAUAGAUCAUAAGGUUAGAUUAGACUUUCUAUUGUUACUGUGUAAUCUCUUAAAGCAUGGCCUUCUCACAUAUGAAAUUAUACAAAGAUCCUUGCCAGUGAAUUUUCAGUACUCCUUUUACUGAGUCGUGCAAAAUGACCUGAAACUUUUGUGAGGCAUUCAGGGUAUGUACUGUGCAUAAGAGUUUAUAACUGUGACACAAUGGUGAAAAGUUCCUCCUUUAUUUCAUACCAUUUGAGAGCUGGAUCCCUUUAUUUGCCCACACACUGAACUUUAAAGAGAGCAUGACCUGUUCAGGGAUCUUCAGACAGUUUGUUUACGAGUACUUCCUGAGUUUUAAAGGGCUACAAAAUGGACAAACGAUGACCAGAAGAUGCAACUCUGGAGGCACAUGAUGCAGAUGUGCUAUUCAACCACCAUGUGGACGAGGCAAUUUUCUCUACGUUGAUUCAGUUUUUGAAUUUACAGAAUUGCCUGAGACAUUCAAGCUUGUUUUUGCGACUAUCUUUGGGGGUAAUAAUGGGGGUCAUUGUGUACGCUUGAUGGACAGAAACACAGAAUCAUAAGCCCGUUCUGACUUC